AUGGAUAUUAUCAAGAAGGUCACUCAGACUACCAGCAAAUUCUUUGGAGAUAACAAGAAAGAAGAAGUAAAUGAACUGAAGCAGCAGCUUGCCUCCAACAGCGUCGAUGAGAAAAAGGACGCUUUGAAGAAGGUCAUUGCCUUGAUGACUAUCGAUAAGAACGUCUCUGAUCUUUUCAUUGAUGUCAUCAACUGUAUGCAGCAGGGAGAUAUCGAGAUGAGAAAGCUUUGCUACCUGUACCUCAUCAACUACGCCGAUGAGCAGCCCGAUCUGGCUCUUCUGGCCGUGCAGUCCUUCAUUCGUGAUGCUGCUGAUCAGAAUCCUUUGAUUCGUGCUCUGGCUGUGCGUACCAUGGGUUGCAUCCACGUCGAGCGUAUUUCUGAAUACCUGACGGAGCCUCUGCGUACCAGCAUCACCGAUCCUGAUCCGUACGUGCGCAAGACCGCUGCCAUGUGUAUCUGCAAGCUGUACGAUGUGAGCCCCACGCUGGUGGAGGAGCAGGGCUUCAUCGAGUCCCUGCACGACAUGAUCUCCGAUGAGAACUCCGCUGUGGUUGCGAACGCGAUCGCCGCGCUGUGCGAGAUCCAGGACAACUCUCCGCGCGAGGUGCUGAAGAUCUCGACGUCGAUGCUGCAGAAGCUGAUGGUGGCGCUGACGGAAUGCACGGAGUGGGGCCAGGUGUACAUUCUGGACUGCUUGGCGCGCUACGAGCCGCGCGACGAGCGCGAGGCGGAGGCGAUCAUCGAGCGAAUCCAGGCCCGUCUGAACCACAGCAACACGGCGGUGGUGCUGAGCGCAAUCAAAGUGAUCAUGGUGUACAUGGAGCACAUCACGAGACAGGACAGCAUCCGAUCGCUGGUCCGCAAGAUGGGCCCGCCACUGGUGACUCUGCUGUCCAGCGAGCACCCCGAGAUCCAGUUCGUGUCGCUGCGCAACAUCAACCUGGUGGUGCAGAAGCGUCCGGACGUGCUGCAGACGGAGAUCCGCGUGUUCUUCUGCAAGUACAACGACCCGAUCUACGUGAAGAAGGAGAAGAUGGACAUCAUGGUGAAGCUGGCCACCGAGCGGAACAUCGAGCAGGUGCUCACCGAGUUCAAGGGCUACGCCCAGGAAGUCGAUGUGGAGGUGAUCCGCAAGGCGGUGCGCUCGAUCGGCCGUCUGGCCAUCCGCUUGGAGAAGGUGUCGGAGCGCUGCGUGAAGGCGCUGCUGAGCCUCAUCCAGGAGAAGACGAACUACGUGGUGCAGGAGGCGAUCAUCGUGAUCCGCGAUAUCUUCCGUCGCUAUCCGAACAAGUACGAGUCGAUCAUCGGCACGCUCUGCCAGAAUCUGGACACGCUCGACGAGCCCGAGGCCAAGUCCGCGAUGAUCUGGAUCAUCGGAGAGUACGCGGACCGCAUCGACAACUCCGAAGAGCUGCUGGAGACCUUCCUGGACGGCUUCGACGACGAGCCGAUCAACGUGCAGCUCUCGCUGCUCACCGCCACGGUGAAGCUGUUCCUGCAGAAGCCCAACGAGUCCAAGGACCUCGUCAAGGACAUCCUCAACACCGUCACGCAGAACUGCGAUGAUCCCGAUCUCCGCGAUCGCGGCUACAUCUACUGGCGAUUGCUGUCGCAGGACCCGGAGACGGCCGCGGAGAUCGUGCUGGCGGAGCACCCGGUGAUCAGCGAUACGGCGGAGGGCGUGGAGUCGUCGCUGCUGGAUCUGCUGAUUGCCAAUCUGUCCACGCUGGCAGUCAUCUAUCAGAAGAACCCGGAUCAGUUCGUACGCAAGGCGGAGAUCCACGAGAAUAGAGAGGAGGACGAUGACGAUGAGGAUGAAGACGAUGAGGAGGAUGAUGAUGAUGACGAUGAGGAUGACGAUGAUGACGACGAUGACGAUGACGACGAUGAUGACGAUGAUGACGAGGAAGAGGAGGAAGAGGAUGACGACGAGGAGGAGGAAGAGGAAUAUGAUGAGGAUGACGAAUAAAUUGCGUACU